CAUUUGAGUUUCUAGCAUUCAUUUAAUUUACAAGCGUAGCACAGCGAACGUUUUGGUUUCGAUUUGGUUUAGUUUAAUCGGUCUUCAUGUUAUAUUUACAGCUGAGGUACAUUUAAGGACACGCCUCUAUCUGUGUAAUACACGCGUGCAUGUGUGUACAUGUAUGUCUGAUGACGGCGGUAUGUUCGAGGCACCAAGCAUGGCAUUCUACCCCGUUACAUUAUACUGUCGACAAAGUGCACCAGGGACACGCGAACCCGGAUUCGAAACCCUUUACGAAUGCUCAAUGAUGGAGUACUGAGAUAUAAGGUUUUAAAUUUCUGAUACCAUUUGGUCCAGUAAACUGUCAAACGUGGAUGCUAUAUAGGAAUCCCAAGUCGUGUGCUCAUCAAGUAAAAAGUACAUGUACUGAGUGAGCUGUAUACUUGUAAUGGAUGUCAACGGGAUCAUUAUAUAACGUCAACACAGUCGGACCUUUUUUCAAAGAUAGGCACAUGCACAGAUAUGAAUAAAACUAGUGACGACAUGGUGGGAUCAGUAAUGAUAUCCGGCUACAAACCCUGGUAGAAUUAAAUUAUUGAUAAAGUGUAUAGAUUCAAUGGCUCGUGAGUCGAUAUGUACGUACACGAACCCCUUUGUACUAAGGUUACGCUGUUUGGGUUUGUUUUAAACUGAUCCAUGACCAGUAUGUAAAUAUAGCACGAACACGGUACCCGACAGAUCACUAUACACAUUAGCUAGAGAUUACCCGUGUACGUAGUAACAUACAGGUAUAUUGACAGCUAUAUGUGGUAUCCGGUUAAAGUGCCAACAUAUAGGACAUUUCGUAAUGUGUCGUCUUAUGGAAUUUCAUCAUACUUAAACAGAAACGUACUUACCAUGAGAAGAUUGACUGGGUCAGUGACCAGGAGAUGUACGCUUCUCGUGUUAUCGAUUUGUGUACACGCAGGAUUUGGACAGCGAUGCGUCUCGACAAAGCUGAUAGCAGACGACAACUAUAGGGUCCUGGAAUCGCCAUCUUAUGGGUCCUAUUCAAAUGACGUCAACUGGUGUCGUCGGAUCAUAGCAGAAGAGGACAGGGUAAUCAUCAUCACACUGGAGCACGUGGACCUUGAAGGCCAAUCCGGAAGCUGUGUCGACUACCUUGAAGUACGAGAUGGCGGUCACCCCCGUGACGAGUCAUUGGGUCGGUUCUGUCAGACAAACUCCACCACCAUCAAGACGACGUCUGACGAAGCCUUUCUACGUUUCCGGACGGGCAGGACAGGAACAGGCACCGGGUUUAAACUCGGGUACCGUCAGAGCGAAAGCACAGAAGAUGAAAUGUGGAGCUCAGCACUUGCGGGGAUAGCAGGCGGAAUAGCUAUCGUCUGGAUAGUGAUGUGUUGCUGUUGUGUUUGCACCAAAAAGAAAAAAGUGAUUAACAGAGACCCGUCCACUAUUCAUCCUAUACAAAACUACAGCAUGGAUGAGCAAUCGUCCAGCGCCUUCAGACAGAAUGGCGACAGGGUAUCUCCGCCCCGUCUCUGGGAAAACCCUAAUCGUGACAGUAAUAGCUCCAGCAUAUAUCAUAUUGUGUUUCGGACUAACAGAAUAAAGCAGGAACAAAAAAUCAACCGGACGAAUCUGGAACCGACCAAACCUCCCGUGUAUGAGGUACAGGACCCCUCCCCCGGAAAACUACCAGCGUACGAGGACAUCGUGGAGGAGGAGUUUUCUCGGGUCAUUUCUCCUCCUCCCACGUAUAGGGAGCGCGCGCAAGAGGAUGUGACGUCACCGAUUCCAAUGUCCCCUCCUCCAGCGUAUCCCGCGUUCUCAUCUCCAGGUACAUCGGAACCUUAUCUACAAUCAUGACUGCGCUGUUGACAUUUUAUGUGAAUGUUUUUUCUAAAAUGUUUCCGUCCUUGCGAGACUUGAGCGAGUACCGGGAACGUCCCGGGCGCGGUUAGACACCGUGAUGUAUGACAGUUAGCAUAUGGAAAAAAGUGCUGUAUCGAAUCACGGUGACUACUUUUACGGAUAUUUACGGUAUCUUUUACAUCCACAAUGUAGUAAUUGAAGUGUUUUUAACUGUAUCUUUAAUCGACGAAGUCUGCAAUAUUUGUUGUCACUAGAUUACUACUUUUUAUUAUUAUACAAAAGAUCCAGCACGCUAAAUAGAUACGUUGUAUUUUCUUCUGUUUGGACCAACACUUGAUUAAGGAAAAGAAAGGAUCUCCCAAAUCCUCCGCUUCACGUUCAAAAACAAUCUUAAAAGACGAAUUCUUCCAAGAUUGGUUCAGACAUGCGUUGGAGUAUGAAAAGUUUCUUGUUACACAACCAAUACGUGUUUCUUUGUGACGUUUCGAUGACUAUUAUGGUAUAUAUACUCUGUCACCUUCAUCAGACAAAACGUAGCUGCAUCGAGUCAAUUCGGUACAUAUAUAACAACUGUUGUACAUACGCUUACAGCGCAGCCGGAUCGACAUCGAUUUGUGGACACAUUUUAC